UAUAGUCUCCUCGCGAAGGGCAAAGGAAGGUCAGCCGCAAAUGCCCCCACAGCUGUCGCCACACAAACGGUUCAAGCGCUACAUAGUCACUGCGUGGGUGGCCAGCGUGGUUCUGGGCAUUCAGCUGUUCCUGUUCCAGGUUAUUGUAGUCACGUAA